CACCUGUGCUCUUCCUGUCCAUUUUCUUCCUGCUAGCAGAUUGGAGAUCUGAGUGAGAUCAAGUGGGAUUGUGUCAGUUGAAAAAUCUAGAAUUCACAUGAGGGGAGUGUCUAUGGCCGUUACCAAUGUAUGAUGUGAGUGACUCCAUUUCCUGUCUCACUCAUCCGACAUCUCACCGACCGGCCUGAUGCGAGCAAAACCAAAAAAUGUUCUCAUUCUCAUUGGAAUUGUAUGUGCACUCCCCCUGUUCUGGCUUUCUCUCUUCACAAAACAAGAUGGUAAUUAUGAACAGCUCUUGGAACGCAGAUUCUCAGAACUUCGAGAGAAGUUACAAUCGGCGGAGAUACUAAACAGGCAGCGUGAAAAUGACUUGCACAUGGUCCGAAGUCAGUUUACCCAUCUCCUACAAACACUGAUCCACAGCAAUGUAACAAACAAAUACAUAUCUAAAGAAUGGGCCAGGACGUCGGCUGACCUUGGCCUGGGCCUGCCAGUGUCCAGUCUACAAAACAUCAGUGAUAUGUAUUCCCAGGGCUCACUCCACCUGCCCAGUCUCUUUACUUACCUUCCUCAUCUCAUCGGCAAGCCAGAGAGUCUCAAGCCAAAGUACCAGCUUACCAACAGCAGAUAUGGCACAUCUAUCGUGUUUGGUAUCCCCACCAUAAAGAGAGACAAAGUUAGCUAUCUAACGGCGACAGUGAAAUCACUCAUUAGCGGCAUGUCUACCAAGGAACAAGACGACAGUUUGAUUGUCAUCUUCGUAGCAGAGCCCUGGAAUGUGGAGUAUGUAGAAGAAAUAGGAAAGUUAAUACAGUCUGAGUUUGGUCAGCAUGUAGAGAGUGGCUUACUGGAGAUCAUCUCGCCGUCACCGGAGUUCUACCCAAACCUAAACAACAUACCACAGACAUAUGGGGACACCAAGGAUCGUGUUAAAUGGAGAACCAAGCAAAACCUAGAUUUCUCAUUCCUGAUGUUAUAUGCAAGGAGUAGAGGUGUUUACUAUGUACAGCUUGAAGAUGAUGUCAUUGCAAAACCAGGGUAUUUCUCCAUCAUGAAGAAGUUCGCUGAACAACAACACACUGAGGAAUGGAUGCUAUUGGAGUUCUCUGCCCUUGGUUUCAUUGGUAAGAUGUUCAAAUCAGUCGAUCUGCCAUUGGUAGUAGAGUUUUUCCUGAUGUUCCACAGAGACAAACCCAUUGACUGGCUUCUCGACUAUCUCCUGUCUGUCAAAGUCUGCAACCCAGAAAAGGACUCGCGCCACUGUACCAGAAUGAAGGCCACAGUCAGGAGGCGGUACAAACCAUCAUUGUUCCAACAUGUGGGAAUGAAAUCAUCUCUCAAGGGCAAAGUUCAGAAGUUAAAGGAUAAAGAUUUUGGUAAGCAGAUGCUUCACCGAGCACACGCUAACCCCAGUGCAGACCUGACCUCUAGUCUGAAGAUGUACCAGAAAUACUCAUUCCAGAAAGCCUAUAUCGGCCAAGAUAUCUUUUGGGCUACAGAACCCAAGAAUGGAGACUUGAUCAAUGUUAAAUUCAAAACUCCGAUGGACCUUGAUGGUAUGCUGUUUAGAAGUGGAAACCCUGCACACAUGUCGGAUAUAUUCUAUAACACUAGUGUGGAGGUAAAACCUCUCAACUCGGAAGACGAGAGAGUUUUGAGUAGACAUAAAUUUGUUUGGACGACAGACAAAUACUUCAUCAUGGGUUGGUUUGAUGAGGACGGACUUGCUGAUUGUACUAUUCCCUCUGAAGUUGGAAAAAUCUCUGAUGUCAGACUAAGCAUUCACUCUAACAGUAAAAACUGGGUCAUACUCAGUGAGGUCCAUAUAAAAACAAGGGAAGCUGGUAGCUGACAGUCUCCCUGAGAUAGAACCAUAUGUACUCUUUAGUGCUCCUCGAGGGACAAGCCUUUGUGGUUGGGCAGUGUGAACUGAAGUCUCCACGAUGAAGGCGUUAUCUGGUGGAUCUUCAAUAGUCCUAAACAACAUAGAACUACUACAAGGCUUUAUUACACACCUGUAACAAAGUUUUAAUGAACAGGGCAUUAAUAUUUUAGACACUGAACUUAAUGGUGACUUUUAAUAGAUUGAUCAUAAAAUUUAUUAUUUUUAAGAAAUUGA